AGAGCUAUACCAUGUCUCCCUUUGUUACCCGGUUGAAAAUAUGUGGUCCACAAAUAUGUCUUUGAGCGCACAAGCUUUGGGGAAAGUACCUUUGCUUGGUCAGAGGCGGGGAACUAAUUAACUGAAUCCAAAGAGUGCACGUCACUCAGAUAUUUGGUUGCAAAACCUUGCCUCCUUGCCUCUUGGAGAGGGUGGAGGCGGUCCGCGUACCUGUAAGUCAAUACCAUCAGAUGGGCGGUGAAGGGAACAGGUUUAUCUGGUUGUGACUGCGUGAAGAGACUGCACCUGCUCGAUAAAUCCAUUCACCCAAAUAGUCGGGACUUCGAACCACAAACAAUUUCUUUCCCCCUUUCAAUCCGCUCAUCUCAAACAAGGAUUCAGUCCAGGGGAGAAUCGCUGAGGGAGUCGACACAAUGGAAUUGUAUCUAAUGGUUUUAAUCACCUCUUGUCUAACCUGCCAACUCUUGACCAUUGGAAGUGCCCAGUCGUCAACGGUACCAGCAACAGCUUCGGAGAGUUUGACCACAUCUGUCAACACCAGCACUGCUGCACCUUCUGCAGAGCCAACCAGCGGUCCUGACUUCACCCUCGAUACCACCACUACCAGUGAGGCCUCAUCAGAGGGCAGCACUACUGUGUCCAUGUUAACAGUAAGCAGUCUCAACGAUACAAGUCUCAACCACACGACAACUGUAUCAACAGAAACCACCAGCGAUCUGGAUACAUCAACCGCGAAUGCCACCAUCACAUCUAUGGUGACCAGUAGUCGACCCACCACCGACAGCACGCCAACAGGAGACACAAGCGCCACAGACUCUGUGCCAACGGGAGCCGGCAACAGUUCCACAACCGCCCCGGACAACCACAACAGUACAAUGUCACCAAACGCAACUUCAAUGGCCUCACCCUCACCAGCCUCACCCACAUCAAACGCAACCUCACCAGCCUCACCCACAUCAGCCUCAACCUCACCAAAUUCAACCUCACCCUCACCAGCCUCACCCACAUCAAACGUAACCUCACCCUCACCAGCCACAGGCCCAACGACCAACAGUACAACAAUGCUGCGGUCAUCGGCAGCCGCGACACCCCCCAACACGUUCACUACUUUCACAACCAUCAAUGCAACUAACGGGACGACAACCAACAACGGGAAAGAUCUGAACGCCAUUCGGCAUAGAGGAGGUGUGAUAAUUGGUGCCGUGCUGGGCAUCGUUCUGGGAAUCCUCCUGGUGUUGCUCCUCGCUUACCUAUACUGUACCCACAAAAAGUCGGACAACAUCGCUCAUCGCAGGUUGUACGAAAACUUCCCCAACGAACCGGUUCUUCGGCUGAACACAGACGACGCAGUGGAGUUCAGGUACCAAGACGGAGCGGCCUACUACAACCCCACCGCCCUGAAUGACCGCAACGAGUCGCUCGGCAACGAGAAUUACGGGAUACAGAUGGAUGACAUGCCCAACGAGAUUGUGGCGUAAACCUCCUUCCCCCCCAGCGUAAAACACAACGAGAAGCAAAAAAUUAAAAUUCGCCAGAGAGACUGAGCAGGACAGUAGCUACGAUACGAUAUAGGUGAGAUGGGAGCGAGCGUGGGGGAACGUUUGUGCGAAUAUUGACAAAGACUCACCCCACAGCGCCAUGAAAAUGGCAAAGAAAACCGUGCCUCCAUUGUCAAACAGGUGCGUCAUCUGAUGAAAGAAAAAUAUUAUCCUGUUAAAGAAACUGCUCCCAAUCUGUACACACACACACACCCACAUUUACACUGGUGGACAAAAGAGCUGGAGAAACUCAGCGGGCGAGGCAGCGCCUAUGAAGUAGAGGAAUCGGGUCGA